AUGGUACAGUGCAAGAAGUGUAAAUUGUUCUUGUCGAUCAAUAAAGACGAUGUGAUAAGGUGCAAAGGUGAAUGCAAUUCAGUUUUCCAUAGAAAGUGUGUAAAAAAUAUGAAGCAGUUUUUACAAAAAGAAUGCUGCGAAGAAUGUUCAAAGAGUGCUUUAGCUGUUUUGUCACCGAAAAUAACGGAACAAGAGGAAGCCUACCGUGAGCACACCGCUAGACCCCUUGAAUGUCCGACCGCUAUGGAAGAUCUGUUGAGAGAAGUUAACAAAAAGUUGGAAAUAGUGCAUAAGAUGGAUAAAGAUUUAGAAGAUAUAAAGAAUUCAGUGAGCUUUUAUGCUGAGAAGUAUCAGGAAAUGGUUGAAUUUAAACAACAAGCAGAGAAAAAAAUGAAAAGCAUGGAGCAACAACAGGGUAUACCAAAACAAGAAGAGGUUAUCGUCAUUGGCGAUAUGAAUAUCGAUUUAAUGAAUGAGAAACAGAAUGUUAUAUCGAGCAAUUAUAAAACCACCUUGUGUGGUCACGGCCUGCAGAUGACCAUACCAACUACGACGAUAACGAGAGAAGCUAUAGUCGACGGGCAGAUACAGACGUCAUGCAUCGACCACGUUUUGACAUCAGGAGGAUGUAUGACGUUGGGAGAUUUAGUGGAGCAGGAGUUUGAGUUCCGUUCAAAUAAAAUACCAAAACGAUAUGACUGGACACGAGCAGGUCACAUGUUCAUUGUCGGGAUACUACUGGGCUCUUUUUAUCAUUUUUACUAUACGACCUUAGAAAGAUGCAUACCAAAAGUGACUAUGAAAACAACAGCAAUCAAAAUAUUACUUGAUCAGGCACUUGUUUCACCAAUUGCCUUAUUUGGUUUCUACUGUGGCGUGGAUUAUUUGGAUGGUAAACCCUUUGAAGCAUGUAAAGCAGAACUGAACAAAAAAUUUUUGAAGACCUUUACAAUAGACUGCAUGUACUGGCCACCAAUACAAUUUAUUAACUUUUAUUUCCUACCAAUAUCUUACAGAGUGUUGUACAUAAACGUAACAACAAUGAUAUAUUAUAUAUUUUUAUCAUAUAUGAAGCAUUAUGACGCAAAGAAAUAA